GCGCGAGUUGCGCGAGGCUGUGGUUGCUUGGGCAAAUGGUUCGGCAGGAAGGAGGGGCCUUGUGGCGACAUACGGUGAGAUUUCGGGCUGGGAUGUCUCUGGCGUGAGCAACAUGAGCGGUUUGUUCCAGGACGGCAAGUCGAAAUCUGACGGGUUCAGGAAUGUUCAGGGCAUACUUCUACAAAGCUGGAGCUGUUCCUGCUUGAACCGGUGCUCGAUAGUGCUCCCUGAGGACCUUCCCACGUUCAACGAAGAUCUCCGUUUGUGGAACACCGCUUCAGUGACCGAUAUGCGUGGAAUGUUUGAGAACGCCCAAGCUUUCAAUUUACCCAUUGGGACAUGGGACACAUCAGCGGUGAUGGACAUGAGCACGAUGUUCAAGGGAGCACGUGCCUUCGACCAGCCCAUCGAUUCGUGGAACACCUCGGCUGUCACGGACAUGCACGGGAUGUUCCUUGAUGCUGACGCCUUCAACCAACCAGAUAUCGGUAUGUGGAACACGGCAGCAGUUGCAGACAUGAGCUUUAUGUUCUAUGGCGCUCGUGCCUUCAACCAUCCUGUUGGCUCGUGGGAUGUCUCGGCAGUUGUGAGUAUGAAGGCCAUGUUCUGCAAGGCAGAGUCCUUCAAUCAGCCUGUGGGCUCAUGGAACAUGUCUGCCGUGAGUAACAUGCAAGCGAUGUUCGGGCAUGCGCGUGCUUUCAACCAGCCCAUUGGUUUCUGGAACACAUCGGCA